GGGGGGGGGGGGGGAGUCAGUUAACUUUUUGCCUCAAGGGUAUCUUGUUGCUGGCCCACAUUACCUGUCAUCAUGUACCCCAAACACAGCUGUCCACCUGCCAGAGUCAACACACUGGCAUAUUGAGUGCAAAAAACUGCACUUGUAUGUUAACUUUGGGUUUUACAUGAUCUGCAGCUGUUUACAUUACACCCAUCUGCAUUGCUACUCAACAAACAGAAAUCCAAACCAAGGACCAUAUUUUCAGAGCGGUUCCGCUGUUCUUUAAUUAAUUAACAAAAUGAGAAAAGCUGGAGUAUAUGCUUUGAAAAUAUAGCCCUAACUUGUAAAGGAAAAAAAAAAAACUAAAACUUCAGACAUAGGUCUACAUUUUCAAAGCUAUUUACCUCAAAUCGUCAAUAGCAAGUUACAUAAAAUCACGCAAAAAUAAAGUGGUCAAACCAUGACAAAACAAGCAUUCGUUUUAGCUUUGAAAGUUAUGUGGUUUCCAUUCCAUUUUGUAAUUGGGUUUUUAUUGUUUACGAUGAACAAAAUGCGCUAAUGGCAGUGCUGAGUAAAUAGCUUUAGGAAUGUAGCCCACGUUCUUUUGACAUGUUGAAUUGGACCCCCUCUCUGUAUCUUUCUCUGUGUCCCUGUUUACCAGGUUAGAGUACAGUAGCUGGUUUUAUUUUAAAAAACAGCUCCACCUCUAUAAAAAAGACUGUGGUGUACCCUGGUGAAACUCCGGCAAAGUGGAGUGCAGUACAGUGAUAGCAUGGGCGAGCAUGUGAAAGAAUAGAGAAGUACACAAACCAUAAAAAAAUAUAUACAAUUAUUAUACAGGGCACAACAUGAGCAUAUAAACAAGAAAAGCUCAUUCAUCAAAGUCCCAGUUUCAUAUAUGAAACAAUACUGAUAAAAAUAUAAAUCAGUUGUUAACUGAACAACUUCCACAUUUAUGGCACUCUCGAAAAGGAUGAACUGAAUUGACUUUGAGAAGAUUCAGUUGGGUUUUGACUAGUUCUAACCACUUCUGCUGUUUUGGAAUUGUAAAUUGGAGGGUUCAAAUGUUGUACCUACAGGACCAGUAAACCCGUGAGCAGUUACAGUUUAUCAUGCGUGCUGUUCCACACCUCCUCGCGAAUACCUCCUCACCACUCUCCCCAUACUGUAGCUGUACAGAAAACAGCAGCACCUCAGUGGUUAAUUGCCAUUAUUACUCAAAUAUAAUUUGAUUAUUCUGGGAUUAUUAAAAUAUCAAAAGCACAGCAGUUUGAAACACUCUUGUAAGCUUAAUAGAUCCACCUGCAAUCCUGUCAGGUUCACCUGUCGCCAUGGAGCGGGAAUGGAUCGAAAUUGCUGUGCAAUCUUCACAGUUUUAAAUCACUCAUGUGACUGAAGUUUUUGCUAUAGAGGGCUAUAUAUUAGUGUUAUCUGUAUCCAGACUGAACCAGGGCACUCUGUUUAGAGUUUGCUGGUUAGCAGCAAUACUAGUCAUUUUUAGUGAACACUCCAAAUCCACCAAGGUGCAAAGCCUCCCUUUUGGCAAUGGAACUUAAAAAUGACUGUGCCUGUACCAGUCCAUCCUAUCUCAAGUACAUUGUCUAAAGAGAUUGGCCCAUUCUCACAUGAAUAGUCUUGUGUCUUUAUUACCUUAAAUAGUAGGUUGCAAAAUGUAUGAUCGUUAGAGUAUGCACUGUAUCUCCUGCCUGUGCUUUGUUGUAUGUAAAAUCUUCACAAAUGAUGCCUUACCUCCCUGCAGAGUUAACGUACUUGGGUGAAGUUUUCGAUUGUUAUUUAUUACACCUGUCGGUCCUUCCACCUUGGCCUCUACUAAAAUAAAAAUAAAAUAAAUAAGCUAACAGUGCCGCCCUGUGGUUCGAAUUUGAGAUUAUUGGUAAUGUUUUAUAUCUUUCUGCAGUGAGAUAAUGCUUGGAAAAUCAGGAAACACAAUAGUGUUUGGGAUUUUAAAAAAUAUAUAAUCUCAUAUUAAAAAUGUAAAGUGUAACCAUUAGAAACGUGUUGGAAAAAUUCUAAAUGACUGUGCUAAACUGAGUACUAGCAGUUCCAGGAAAGGAACUGCAAUAUAUCAGCUGCGAUGCUGUCAGGAACAUGACCAGAACUUGAAUCAAAAUGAAAAUGUGCAUCGCUCCAGGUGAAAGAUUAACCAGGUGCCAGAGCCCUCGGCCACACUUCUGCUGCUAGCUGGGUGCUCUUCUUUGACUUCCAUUAUUCUCUCUUUUUUUCUGUCCACACCUGUUGUGCGAGGACCCCUGAGCAGUGUCCUCCAGUGUGCCUGUCUGAAUUUCAAGAUGAGCUCCCCUUACUGUAGGCCUCGUGGUGCCGGGAGGAGGAGGGAUACGGCCACAGUAACGGGAGCUCCUCGCUUUGUCCGCAGGCUGAGCACGCCGGGGUCAGGACCUACUUCUUCAGCGCGGAGAGCCAGGAGGACCAGGAGACCUGGGUCCGAGUGAUGAGUGAAGCUGCCCAGGUCCACAUCCAGCUGACACAGAGCAACGACUCGGAGAACAUCCCCCCAGCGGUUGACAAUAUGGUGAUUGUGGCAAAGGGGGCAGAGCCUCGGCAGCGAGGGGAGGGUGAUGGCCGGGGAGCGGAGAUUCGAGAGUCCAGCAAGCGAGAGCUCAACGGGGCGAUCCCUGCAGAGGCCAUGACACCCCCGACACCCAGGUCGCCCAUGACCGCUGAACUUGAUGGCAGAGGGAAGGAGAGGGGAGAAAGGAGGCAGCGCCAGCCCAACGGUUGGGGGGAACACGUCCCACAUACCUCAGCCUUCCGGCCUCAGGCACCCCGGGACCCUCGCGACUCCCGCGAGGCUGCUGUGCUGCGGAGAGGGUUUGUGCCUCGCACACAGCCAGAAAGGCUUGCACAAAGGAAGAGCUCCAUGACUAAGCUGCAGCAGUGGGUGAACCAGCGAAGGAUUGUUCCACCUCCAGGGGACCUGCGUAGUCCAACCCGUUACUACUCUAUGAGCCCUGGUACCCCAACUGAGUAUUAUGGGGUGUAUGGCCCCCAGUUUGUGAAUGAGUUUGGGAUGUACCCACCAGGGGUGCGCCCAGACAGCAUCUGCUCAGAGUCUGGCUUCGAGGGGGUCCCUCCCCACUGGGCCAUUGAGGAUCGGCGUCGAUCUCUGCGGGAUGGAGCCGUGUACCCCCAGGAGCGUACACGGGAGGUGGGGGUCAGGGGAGGAUACGUCUGGACAGCCCCCAACCUGGCCGCUGUGUCUCCUGCCCAGCACCCUGCCUACUAUGCUCAGUUGCAGUCUGCACAGAGCUCCCUGCAUCACCUCUCCCUGCAUCCUCGCUCACGCUCUGUGCCUCGCUCACCCUCCUCCUCUCAGGGUCCUUACCCCCCUGGCUCCCGAGCCUUCUCCCCCGUGCGUUCCCCCAGCGCCCGCUUUGAGAGGGGCCACCACAGAGACGGCCACAUAUACGCAGACCCAGCUGCUCACACCAUGAGGCGAUCCAUCAGCUCACCAAAGUACGAGUAUCCCCGGGACAGAAGGUCAAUAACCCAGGAAAUGUACCGCUACAACUACCCUGCCUCCCCGUCUUUUCAGGACAAAAUGGAGGAUAUCCUAGACCUGCAGUUGCAGAGAAAUCUGGAAUACCUUGAUCAGCAGGUUUCUCCAUAUCACGAAGUCUACAGGGACAUGCUGCCAGCCUACAAGACCAACGAAAUUGAUAUUGAUAAACUCCUGGGCCAGCUGUGUGAACAGAACCGGAUCCUAAAAGACAAGGAGGCGACCGUGCAGAGCCUGCGAGUAGACAAGGACGGUCUGGAAGGAGCGCUGAUUGCCACUCACCAAGAGCUGGACCUGUACCGGAAUCAGCCAAGCAUCGUAGACAAGCUGCAGCUCAAGAAAGAGGCUCUACAGAACCAGCUGAUCAACAUCCGUGGGGAGCUGUCACAGGCCUCCAGUGUACUGGCGACGGCGCAGAUGGAGUUUGAGGUUCUGGAGGACGAGGUGGGGGCCGUGCACAGCGAUCUCUGGGAGCAGCUUCAUGCAGGAGGGCAGAACGAGCUUCUUCACAGACACACACAGAAGGAGUUCUGGAGGAUCCAGGAUGUGCUAGAGGGUCUACACAAGAACAACCCCUCCUGGGGGACUGACACCGCCAAGUACAGAGCGACCAGCAGGGCAUCUGGGUCCUUCAGCACUAACAGCCCAGCCAGCCCCCUCAGCUCCGUCAGCCUGACCAGCCCGUUGAGUCCCUUCUCUCCAGUCUCGGGGUCUCAGGGCUCCCCCAUCAAGCAGGUCGUCAUUGAGGACAUGGGCCCUCCUCGACCCCCGCUCCCCAAAUCUUACCUCCCCCUGGAGUCCCUCCUUACCACCCCCCCCUCUGUCCCACCCCUGCCCCUCGAAAACACCCUGUGGCUCAGCAGCAGAGCCAGACUGCGGCCUGACAGUGAGGAUGAGGAUGAGCGCAGACUGGGAGAGUCGAAGUUCAGUUUCCGAUCAGAUACUCCGCCAGCAGAGAAACCCAGCCCUGGAGAGUCAGAGCUGAACAAUCAGAACAAAGUGGGCGUUAUUCCUCCCAGGACCAAGUCUCCUUUCAAAGAGGAGACAAGCUCUCCGUCUCUCACCAACCGCAGACGCGACAACAUCAAACUGCCCAAUGGACACAUCUCUCAGGAGCGCCCGAAGAGUGCCGUGUUCCCUGCCGAGGUGAAGAUGAAGAUGAGCGUGAAGGAGCAGAAUGAGAGGAUCAAGCGACACCAGAGCAGCUCAAUGCGUGAGAAGAGAAACAGCCUGCAGCUUUCUAAUAACCAGCAGAUUGAUGGGAUCAAGCCUGCCGUCAACUACAGAGUGGUGCGGCGACGGCUGACCUCUCACGAGGUGGACAUCAAGGACCUGGAGGUGGCGGUGCGAGGGCAGGGGAUGGAGUCUCCGCGGGAGGAGAUCGCUCGACUGCGCCGGGUGGAGAUCGAACCCGAGCACUACAACGUGGACAUCAGCAGAGAGCUAUCGACGCCAGACAAAGUCCCCAUUCCAGAGCGAUACCUGGAUAGUGACCCUGACCUACCCCUCAGUCCAGAUGAAAUCCGCGAGAAGAAGAAGAAGGUGCAGCGCAUCAAGACCCUCAUCGCCAAGUCCAAUUUACAGAACAUCGUGCCUCUGCUGGACGGCCCAGCGGAUGGGCAAGCCGACACAGAGCAGCAGCGGCAGGAGCAGGAGAAGCGGAUCGAGAUCUCGUGUGCUCUUGCUACUGAGGCGUCCCGACGCAGUCGCCUGCUCUCUGCUCAAUGCGUUACCCCCAGCCCUCCAACCUCCCCGACCGACCCAGCCCCUCCCCCCAUCGCUGACCUCACUGACUCCUCCCACUUCAUGAAGGUCUAAGUCUGCACAGCUCAGGCCCUGUCUGCUGUGAAGUUCCACGGAUCAACGUUCUGAGCGCUUAAAGAUCGCCAAAAAAAAAAAAAAAGCAGCAAAGUGAAAAGAACAAACCCUUUUUUCCAGAGAGAGUAUAUUUUUUCAUUCAUUUAUUUUACAGCUGUACGAGAAUUUUAAAAACAAUCUCAACACCUGGAAGCCCAGGAGACUUCGAACCCUAUAAACUAGGAAGCAGGAGGCACUGCUUGUCAUGCUGUCCCUCCCACCACAAGGGGGCACCAGAAUCGUCUGGUACAGCUAUCCUGCCUUCUCUUUGGUCUCUUACCAUACAAGAAACCAGCCAGACUGGAGGGAUCUACAUCUGCUUUAGAAAUGGUUUGCAGUUGGGAGUAAGAUAUUUGGUUUGAGAACUACACGUUCCCCCUGUUUUUCUGUGGAGAGAUUUGAAUGUGCAAUUUGUUGUCCAAGACUUUUGAAGUAGCGGGAAAAUAUUUCAUGCAGACCCUGUCCUUAAAGUCUGGAAUCGCACAUUGCAGUCUUAGCAUCAUCGACUUCGAAGCUGAAUAUCUAGUGAGGGUUAGUGGGGCUCCCUGUGAAAGGUGCAGUACAGUCUGUCUCAUACUGGGAUGAAAAACUUUGGGGUCAACUAAACGCACCCAGCAUCUCUGUGGACCUCUGACUGCACAAUAUGCAUCCCAGUCCUUCAUGUACUCUAGACCAGAAGGAAACUCAUGCUUUGGCUGUGCUUUCUUGGUAAAUAAGCUUUACAAACAGGAUCGAAACUGAACCAGUGUGCAAACUGCCCCCCAGUCCUUUUUCUACUGGUACCAGUGCACCAGCAGCCAUGGAUUCAGUCUCGUUGAGUGGAACAUAAUGCAAAAUGCAGACUGUAGCAACUGCAUAAGCACAGACUGAACCUGUCCAUUCCAGCUUCAGUUGUGUGUGUGUGUCUGCGUCUGCCUGUGUGUGUGUGUGCGGGAGGUGAUUUGCUCAGUGCUCUUUUAUACACAUCUAGAUCUCUCAAGUCUAAGGCUUUCACGUUAAAUAGGGCUUGUUGCCAACUGUGAAUGUUUGUUGAUGUCCAUGCAGUACCUCCCAGCACUUUCUUUCAUACGUCUAUAAUGAUAAAACAUAUAGAGCUAUAAUAGAAUGUAAUUAUAUACAUAUCCUUUGCAUUAUAGUAACUAGUAACUAAUAAUAAUAAGCUACAAACAUGAUGUUAUUGCUAAUUGCUAUAAAAGAAAAGGUGUGAAAAAGAAGUGACCUUAGAAUAUUAAGCUUGCUAGUUCAAUGAUAUAAUUAUACCAACGCCUGCUCUAUAAAGGUGCAUUGUUUUAUGUUGAUCAUUAAUGAUCUCUUGUGAUGUCGUUAGUUUUAUGUUAACUCCGAGAUGGGUCACCAGCUUACAUUCCAAGUGACUGAAUUGAUAGCGACAAGCUUGUCAAUGCUUUUGGCUGCUGUCUUGGGCUUCAUCUGCCUUAUCCUUACAUUCAAAGACCUAUCGUCAGUGUAUAAGGAAGGACAAAAGGAGAAACCGCCACUUAACCCUGGCAGAAGCAUUUCCAUGACGCUACUCUUUCAACUUCUACAGUCCUGUCAACUUGUCAGCAAAGAGCCUGACUAGAAAUAUUGUAAGUGGAAGAAACAACUCAAGAUUCACAAACUCUGAUUGGUGCAAACCAGCUGACGUCACUGAUUUAGUGCUGAAAUAAACCAUUCUGGUGUCAAAGUGAAUUAUUUCAAAAAGGCGAUCUCUAAAAAUGAGAUAUUGCAACAGUAGCCCCAUGCCUGUUGCGGACAGUACAUCUGUGACCUUUGCAAUUAAGCUGUUGGCCUAUCCUAAAUCCAAAACCAUUCCUUUGAAAUCCAGGCAAAGCAAUUCUAAAACUCAGGCAUAGGUCCAGCGUUUUAACUGUUGGGUUUAAACUGCAUUCUCCGUUUUUGUUUCCCUUUCGGUGUGCUGACUUGCCUACCUGUCACAUUGAAAAGAGCUGUCGUCUUUAAAUUCCUGUGAAUGCAUUCAUUGUUUAUAGCUAACCUGAAGAUGUACGUAUUUAAAAGCAAAACAAAUUCCUUAUUAUUAUUUUUAUUUUUGAAGGAGUUUUAAUAAAUCAUAACAGUAAACCUUAA